AUGGCUUCCCCGCGGGCGCAGCGCUUCUGCUGCGCGCCGUCCAGGGUGGAUGCCCUGCGCGCCUUCCAGCCGCGCCUCUGGAACUGGUUGUGUUUGGGCAGCGCGGCGCUGGGCCUGCUCGGGGUGGCUGGGCUGAAGGCGCUCGGCCGGCAGGCCUCUUGCCGCCCUCCUGAAGGCCCGCCGACCGAUGCCGGGGCGCUCUGGGCAGGCUCCCUCGCCAGCAACUGCCUCGGCACCGCGGGAAUCCUGGCGCGUUCAGUGCUGUGGCUGGCCGUGCCUCCUGGCCAUGGGACGGCUUUUCCGCUCUGCGUCGGAGUCUUGACCUGGGUGCAGUACUGGUUUGCCUCCCACUUCUGGGCCCUCUUCUGCUACUCGCUGGAGGCUUUUCUGCGGCUGCGCAACCCAACAGGCCACAGGUCCUUGGCCAUUUAUUACCUGCUUUGCUGGGGUGUGCCAGCCAUUCACUGCCUUCCAGGUAUUCAGCUGCUGGUGUUUCCUGCAGAUGCCUGCUGCAGCUCCCCCUGGCCACUGACACAAGUCCUGGAAGUCCUACAUUAUGCUGCUACCUACGUUGCACUCACCCUGGUGUUUCUGGGAAGUCCUGUGCUCUUUUCCAAGGCACUCCAGACAGUGCCUGCUUUGCUGCAGAGGGGUACAGGGAUGUACACAGCCAGUGAACGGAGCCAGGAGUUGCAGCUCUACAGGAGGUUUAUUGGCAUCUCAGUGGCUUUUGCUGCCUGCUGGACAGCAAAUGUACUGAAUGAGAUACUGUUGCUCCUGGAGCCAGAGCCCAUAUGGAGGCAGGAGACCCGGCGCUUGCUGCACCUGGCAGCCCUUACCUGCUGGAUUGCCAUGGCCAUUCUGAACCCACUAAGUGGGUUCUUGCUCACACUGGCAUUCUCUGCCAGGAGAUGCAGCUCUUGUGCCAAAAGGAUGAUGGCUGUCUGGAGAUCCUCAAGUAAAAGCACUAUGAACAGCACCAAGAACGUUGCCUCGCUCCCAGAAUCCACCUCUGACCCUGCAUUCGGCUUUCUGGUGGACCCAGGCAUGGUGGAGGCAUCCGGCCUCUUGGCUUCUGUGGAUACCAGCACUUCCAUGGACUUCAUUUUUGCAGUUGCUGAAAAUGGCUCCAUUCAACCUCUGAAAAAGGGUGAGGCUCUGGAAGGGGCAAGCCCCAGUGGAAUCUCCUGGGCUGGAGCCACAGAGGGUAAAUAAAGGCUGCUGUGUGCCCCCUCCCCACCUGGCAUCUUGCUUCUCUUCCCACAUGGCUGGCCUGGAAUGAUAAAGCUGUCUCACAAUCCCUGGAUCCUCAGCUGAGGAGAGGUA